GUGAGAACUCCGACUAUAUAAACGAACAGAAAUCCUAAAUCGCAUCAUAUCCCAUCAUCUAUCCUCACGAGCAUCUCACACCUCAACGAACACACGACAAACAUACAAUACUCCAUUUCCAUCCCACCUAAACCCCCAAAAUGAAGUCUUACCUCCAAGCCCUCCCCCUCCUCCUAGCCUCAGUACCCCUAAGCACCGCCACCAUCCCGCCCAUAACCUCCUGCCUGAGCUGCCUUAAGCCAAUCCACUGCGACAACGUCGGGUGGGACUGGGCCUACUACAGCAACCCCCUCACCGACAGCGGCGAAGGCUAUCCCGGCUUCAGAGCCGAUGUAUACAAGACGCGACAGCCUUUGUACACCGGCGUAACCCCGUCGAUCGGCGGCCACCUCGGUCUUACAGCCACGAGCCCAGACGUGACGACCUUCUACGGGUCAACCGAAGAGCUAAACGCAACCCACUUCGCCAUAAACCACCACGCGUACCUAUACGCCUGCGAGAACGGCUCAUAUCAAUUCGAUAUCACGUAUGUGGACGACGCAGUAUUCGCCUGGGUUGGAGAGACCGCGUAUUCCGGGUGGACGGACGCGAACAGGGACGCGAAGGCUGCGUGGACCCCUCAUGGGGACUGGCACUCCGGCUCCGCGAGCUUUCGAAAGGACCUUGAGAUCGGGAGCUUCAACCCUCUGCGAUUCGUCUUCGGCAAUGGUCAGGGCGGCGGGGCAUUCAAUCUGACUAUUACCAGCCCCAGCGGCGUUAUCGUCCACCAGAGCGGUCAGGACAGCGAUUACAUUGUCCGCUAUUCUUGCGACCUCAAGAUUUCGGCUCCGGAGUUCCCUGCCUUUGGAGCAGAGACAUAAAUGCUGUUGGCAGAGGGAGGGUUAGCACGGGAUAUGCUUUUCAGGAUGAAGGCCCAUGUAACUUACACAUAGGGAUCGCCUUAGAACGCACAAUACUGUUCAGUUAUCUACCUAGGUACUUGAUGAUUUCGUAACCUAAUAAGACGUUGUAUUUGAAAGAUUUGACUUAUUGA